GAUACGUUUCCUAAAUUUUCAGAUAUUUAUAUAUAUAUAUUAUCCCAUAACCAGUGUUGGAAUUUUAAGAAUGGCAAGUCAAACUCAGGGAAUUCAGCAACUUCUCGCUGCCGAAAAGAAGGCAGCUGAACGAGUCGCUGAGGCGCGCAAGCGUAAGGCUAAGCGUCUGAAGCAAGCCAAGGAAGAAGCUCAAACAGAGAUGGAACGGUACCGCGUGGAGCGUGAGAAGCAAUUCAAGCAGUACGAAGCUAUGGUGAGAAAAAUUAGUUUGCCUUUACUUGAGUUGCACAUGGGAACGAGAACCGACAUUGCUGCGAAAAUUGAUGGAGAAACCAAAUCAAAGAUCAGUGGAAUGGCGAAGUCGUUCCAGAACAAUCAAGAAGAAGUCAUUCAAUUCCUGUUAACUCUGGCGUUUGACAUCAAGCCGGAAUUGCACACGAACGCCAAGUUGCAAGCUAAACUUGGGGAGCCGGCUGCCUAACCAUGAUCCCCGAACUCGUCACCUUUACGUAAAACUUCUCAACAGGAUUUGUUUAGUGCAGAACUUCUAUUCCAUACGUUAAUUCCAUUACGCGAGAAAUGCAUUGGCAUCCGUGAAGCGAAGUAAUCUAUCCGCUGGAGUUGAUGAUUUUCCUGUGAUUUUGUGUUUUUUUGGUGGCGUUGAUUUCGAUAGGGCUCGCCGCGGUAGAGCUUGGUUCAGGAUGUUUUUUUUUGUUUCUUAGUGAAUAUUAAUGGUGCCUGUUGUAUGUCAUAUUGCAUGAAAGGCGUAUACAGUAAAGUACUUGUCAUUCCGCCUGCAUGGUACUGCAAAUACAAACAAGUCAACAUUUGGGCAGUUCGUUUUUAAAAGCACUUGCAUUCGAUUUUUGGAACUUGUCAACACCCCGAUUACGUUCACGAGUUGAUUUCCUGAGAUAUCUGGGCGCAGGAAUUUACAUUUUGUAAGAUUUUGUUGAGAAGACAUUCCAAAAUCUUUUGCAGGUGUUCGAUGAAUUCCUUCGUGAGAAAUUUCGCAUUCGGCUUUAUCUAGUGUUAUUUGGGUUUCAGGGUAAUGGCCAAUUUCGAUAAGUUCUCGAUACAGGAUGCCGAAAUGGGCCCUGUUGCGGAACGCGAAGCGUUACUUAUGAGUCGGGAAUCGGAUUCGGAUGACGAUUUCUUCCUCAGAGGCCCGAAUGUCAAUCCUGAAGAAGCCGUUUCUAACGUGGACCGCGUGAAACAGCAAUUGAAAGAAGUCACGAGUACUAUGCGCGACAA